UAGGUCUAGUCACGUGGGUCUCCUCCUCCUCCUCCUGAGAGGAGCACUCAAAACCUCGCGAUCUGCGAGGUGCUCGCGAUUGCGAGGGGCGACGGCCAAGGCCGCCUCCCUUCUUCCCAACUCGGGAACCCCGCGGACCGGCUGGCUGGGGUCUGCGCGCACCGCGAGGCGGGAGGAGCGCCGUGUGCGCUGCGUAAGCGCGCGGCUCCGCGGGCGUCGCGGGGUCCCCGGGUCCCGGACGCAAGGAGCGCAGGGAGCGCGGUCUCAGAAGCCCUCCGCGCCGAGGAGGGAGAAAAGCCUGGUGGGGUUUGCCUGCCUUUCCUGUGAGCCCAAGGAUAUGGUGGCAGAGAUAAAGAUGACUAAUUCAGUUAGCGAGAUGAGACACCCCUGUCUGAUGCCGGAGGGGAAGCCUGUGGAAAGGAGACAGGCAUGCCCGGAGGAAACAGUUGGUACCAUGUGGAAGGCUCCUGUUUUGCUAGCCCUCUUGAUGCUCAGCCCUGGUGGUGAUGGCCUGUUUCGCUCAAUAUAUGGAAAAGCCCAUGUUUUCAAACCACCUAAGGGAAACGUAGGAGAGCCAUUAUUUCUAACUCCUUACAUCGAAGCUGGCAAAUUUGCAGAAGGAAGACGGUUGAGUUUGGUGGCUCCUUUCCCAGGAUGGAAUUUGACGAGUUAUUCUGGCUACAUCACUGUGAAUAAGACUUACAACAGCAACCUUUUCUUCUGGUUCUUUCCAGCUAAGAUAGAUCCAUGGAAUGCUCCAGUCGUCCUCUGGCUGCAGGGUGGGCCGGGAGGCUCGUCCAUGUUCGGCCUCUUUGUGGAACACGGACCUUAUGUUGUCAGAAGAAACAUGACCGUGCUUGCCAGAGACUUUCCCUGGACCACUACCUUCUCCAUGCUCUACAUUGAUAAUCCAGUGGGCACAGGCUUCAGUUUUACCGACCAUCCCCAGGGAUAUGCAGUCGAUGAGGAUGAUGUGGCUCGAGAUUUAUACAGUGCACUAAUUCAGUUUUUCCUGCUGUUUUCUGACUAUAAAGAGAAUGACUUUUAUGCCACUGGAGAGUCUUACGCCGGGAAGUACGUGCCCGCCCUCGCUCACUACAUCCACGCGCUCAACCCCGCGGUGACCCUGAAGAUCAACCUGAAGGGCAUCGCUCUCGGAGACGCGUAUUUUGAUCCCGAGUCAGUCAUAGGGGGCUACGCGCCAUUCCUGUUCCACAUCGGCUUGUUGGACGAGAAGCAGAGAAAGUACUUCCAGAAGCAGUGCGACGUGUGCGUGAAAUACAUCCAGGAGGAGAAGUGGUCUCAAGCCUUUGAAUUACUGGAUAAACUACUAGAUGGUGGCUUAACAAGAGAGCCUUCUUACUUCCAGAAUGUUACAGGAUGUCCUAAUUACUACAACCUUUUACAGUGCACGGAACCUGAGGACCAGAGCUACUAUGGGAAAUUUUUGUCCCUCCCACAAGUGAGACAAGCCAUCCAUGUGGGAAACCGGACUUUUAGUGAUGGAUCCAAAGUUGAAAAGUACUUGCGAGAAGAUACAGUCAAGUCUGUGAAACCGUGGUUGACUGAAAUCAUGAAUAAUUAUAAGGUUCUAAUCUACAAUGGCCAAUUGGACAUCAUCUUGGCAGCUUCCCUGACCGAGCGCUCCUUGAUGGCCAUGAACUGGAAAGGAUCCCAGGAUUAUAAAAACGCAGAAAGAAAAGUUUGGAAGAUCUUUAAAUCUGAUCGUGAAGUGGCUGGUUACGUACGGCAAGUGGAUGCCUUCUGCCAGGUGAUUGUUCGGGGUGGAGGACACAUUUUACCCUAUGACCAGCCUUUGCGAUCUUUUGACAUGAUUAAUCGAUUCGUUUUUGAAAGAGGAUGGGAUCCUUAUUGAUGGAGAAGCUACUUGCCUAAACGAGUUUUAAUGGGUUUUAAUCUUUGAAAAGAAAUUUUUCAAAACUGAAAAUGUCGCAUAAAUUAAAAAACUAUCUUUUUAAAUCGGCAAAAUAUUUCUCAUCAAUAAAAAUUAUGCU